CUCAUGGGGAACCAGAGAUAGUCGGAACUCAGUCAAAGGCCCCAGAUGCCUCUCUGGCUGGAGAACUCAGGCCUGAAGGUUUGGGGCUUGGAAGGAGCCCUUGACCACAGUGACCACUUCUCUCACUGUGGCUCAAACCCCUGCUCCAGACACAGUGGGGAAUGGGGUGGGCUGACCAGCUGGGAAGUAUAAGGCCUGCUCCAGAGGCCGGUCAGUGGCUCUUGGGCUCUUUCAGGGCCGUAUCCAGUGGUUGUCACCAGGAACAGACCGGGAGCACUGUGAGUGAAUCUCUCACCAUGGCUACCACACCUGCAUGGGCCCUGGGCUCCCUCCUACCCACCCUUCUCCUGGGAUUCACAGCUGGCCAGCCCUUCAUCUCUCUGACUGGUCCAUCUCAGAGGACAACCCCUGGAGACUCGGUGCCUUUCAACUGUACUGCUGGCCCCUUCAACUCCCAGCACUUUUCCCAGGAUGUCAAUGUUACCUGGUGGAAGGACAGUGAUGAACAUCCAGCCUCAGCCCAGCGCCUGGUGCCUGGCAAUGAAGGCAAUGACUUCAUCACCAGCAAGGCAUGGGUGACACUGGCCCGACAGGAUGUCUCAUCAGAGAUCACCUGCAAAGUCACCCACAGGGCCCUGGCACAGCCCCUGCAAACAACCAUGAAGCUCUCCCAAGUACUCCGAGUUGUCCCCACCCUGAAGAUCACCACCGAACACUCUGGGACCAGCGUACGUGCGCAACACAGAGUGAAUCUCACCUGCCACGUCCGUCACUUCUAUCCCCGCCACCUGCAACUCACCUGGAUGCAGAACAGGCGCAUGAUCCAGACCCUGGUGUCCCCUCAGGCCACCAGAAAUCCAGAUGGGACAUAUUCUCUGGAGCACACAUGGCAGGCAGAGGUCACGCCAGAUGAGCAUGAGUUUGCUUGCUGGGUGGUCCACGAUGAGCAGCCCCCGCUCAAGACCAACAUCACCCUACAAGCCCAGGAGCACAGGCAGGGGAAAGGCAGGCAUGCCCAGCCUCAGCCUCACAAGUUGCAAGGACCCCUUCAGCGAUCUGAACCUGGCACAAGGAUCCGAUUGACCUACACAUCCUCUGGCUUCUCGACAAACCAGGUUACUGUGACCUGGCUUAAAAACAAACACAAGCUCCCAAAGCCCCAGACCAGCAUCCGCCGCAGUGGACGCACCUACAAUGUGACCAGCAGUGUGCUCGUCCCGCUGACAGAGGAUGAUGUGCUCUCCCAUGUCGUUUGCUAUGUCGAGCACAAGUUGAUGCCGUUUUUCCAGAAAACCAUUGACCUGGACCAGUACCUCCGGGUUCCCCCUGCAGUGACAGUGUCCCAGUCUUCCACCUCCUCCAGCUUGGUGGCUGUUACUUGCCUCGUGCAGAGAUUCUACCCACAAAACGUGCAUCUUACCUGGCUAGAGGACUGCCGUACACUCAAAGACACUGAGCAACCCACAUCCAAGAAGAAGGAUGAUGGGUCCUACACCGUGGAAAAUGUGCUGCUGGUGAAUGCAUCAGUGCAGGGGCUUGAGCGGGUGCUCACCUGCAUGGUGGAACAUGAGGGACAGCUUCCCAAACGGGCCAACCUCAUACUGUCCACAACAGCCCACACCACAUGUAAGCUCAUUGGGAGCACAGGUCCAGAGAUGCCUGCCGUUAUCUUUGUGGUUUUCCUCUUGGGCCUCAAGGUGCUGCUGGUGAUGAGUUUCACAGUGACCUACAUCUGCAGGAGGUGGAACCUGUGACAGCUCCUGCAUGCAGAAACAUUAACCUCCAGCCCUCUCCAAGGGCUUCAAGUGGGGAGAAGCUGCAGGGACUUAUAGGUGACUAAUGACCCUUCAGUUCGUCCCUGCCACCCCCAUCAUGGACACGCUCCCUUCUGCACACCCUCCCGGUGUUCCUUCCCUCAGACUUUUGGAGCUGAGUCAGGGACGGAUUUUCUUCAUGAGGACUCCAGGGAUGUCUUGAUUCCGAUGUACUGAGUUUCAAAUUGGCCCUGCUCCUACCCAAGAGAAUCAAACUGAUCAAGAAAAGAAGUUUCCAUUCUACCCCUGGUCAUGAACAAUCCUUAAUUUUCAGAGCAAUUUUUACUUUUGAGUAGGGCUUUUGAAAGUAUGAUUUCAUUUGAACACACAUGUAUUUUGAAAUCACUGGCAAGUUGCAUAAGCAUUUUUGUCUUCUGAAAUGUACAAAAAAAUACAAACAAUACUCAUGGACCUACUUUGUAAAAUAUUAACAUUUUGCCAUCGUGUUCUUCAGUUCUUUUCUUAAAAAAAAAAAAAAUGCUGUUCUGAAUUUGGUGUUUAUCAUUCUCAGGCAUGAUUUUAUACCUUUAUAACAUAUGUGUAAAUCUUUAUCAAUGUAUAGGAUUAGUUUUCAUAUUUUUAACAUUAUAUAAAUGCAUUUUAGAACUUUAUUUUUUAGAACUUUAUUUUUUAUGCUUAACACAGUUUGAGAGGUUUAUUCCUGUUGAUAUAUGAAGUCACAUUUUAAUUUUCCACUAUUCUGUGGUCUUCUAUUGUAAGAUUAUGCUACAAUUUAUCAAUUCUUCUCAUGAUGUUGAAGCUUCAUUCAGUGUUUUGCUAGUACAACUUUCACAAACAUUCUUAUAUUUGUUUCCUUGGGCAUGUGUGGGAGACUUCCUCUUGUUCCUCUAGCUUGGCUCACAAAGCUGCAGUACUGGUAUGAUUUGGGAGCUUUUGUUAUAUAAAAACAAGUUUCUAAUUGUUGCUCAA